CUAGGGCUGGGCGAUAUAUCGAAUAUACUCGAUAUAUCGCGGCUUGUAGUCCGUGCGAUGUAGAAAAUUACUAUAUCCUGAAACUCGCGGACAUUUUUUUUUCCUUUGUUUUUUCCCCCUCUUGUCCUGUCCAGCAUCGAAGCGCAAGCAUAAUGAUCACCUUGAUAACCUAAGUUAAGAAGCUUAUUUUAUUUUAUUUUUGAUGCUUGUUUGUAGAUUAACUUUUAUAUACUCGCGGUCUUUCCCUCUCACAGAGAGACAAAACAAACGCACAUAGUUACAAACGUCAGUCUGUCGUGCAUGCAACGUCAUACGCCCUCGACCAGCAGAAAGAUAGCGGCAGCAGGUGCUAACGGUUACACAUGGAGGACGACGAAUUAAUAAAAAAAAGAAACAGCACAGGAUCCAUCGUCUGGCGGUGGUUUGGAUUCAAGAAGGAAGAUGUUGAACAAACAACGGUGAUAUGCAAAAUCUGUCGCAAAAGCAUCGCUUCAAAAUGUAGCAGUACAUCAAAUUUAUAUCACCAUUUGAGAACCCACCCGCUAGAAAAUGAAGAGUGCUUGAAACUCCGCACGACAACAUCUCAGAGCGGUGCAAUAUCAAAGAAAGUGCCUAAGCAACCAGCACUCACGCAACUGAGUCUGGCCUCUUCUAUUUCCAGAUCAACGCCGUACGACAAAAACAGUCAAAAACAGAAGGAGAUAACGUGUGCAGUAACCCACCACAUCGCGAAAGACAUGGCCCCGGUUAAUGUUGUUGAAAAGCCCGGGUUCAGAAAGCUCAUCAACACACUUGACCCAAGAUAUAAUCUGCCGGGUCGCAAAUAUUUUGCAGAGAAAGCGCUGCCUGAGUUGUACAUUAAAGUGAGGGAAGAGCUGGCCAGUCAGCUUGUAAAUGUGACCCACUUCUCAACAACUGCCGACAUAUGGAGCAGCCGAACAUGUGAGCCAUACCUCAGUUUGACGGUCCACUAUAUAGACAAUUGGGAGUUGAAAAGCAAGUGCCUUCAGACGAGCUUUCUUCCCGAGGAUCACACUGGCGGGAUCAUCGCACAAGGCCUGCAAGAUGCUCUCAUGUCAUGGAAUUUAAAUGAAGCUCGUCAGGUGUGCAUCACCACCGAUAACGGUGCUAACAUCGUCAAAGCUGUGAGCCUGAACCACUGGACACGUCUACAAUGUUUUGGCCAUCGCCUGCAUCUUGCAAUUGAGAGAAGCAUGAAGGACCCCCGUAUUGACCGUGCUGUUGCUGUGUGCAAGAAGGUAGUGAGCAGCUUCUCUUUCAGUUGGAAGAGGAGGAGAGACCUGGCCACAGCGCAGCAAGAGCUAAAUCUCCCGGCACACCAGCUCAUCAGUGAGUCUCCUACCAGGUGGGGAUCCCGAGAGAAGAUGAUUGAGCGGGUACUGGAGCAGGAGCAAGCUAUUUCUCAAGUCUUGGCUGCAGACAAGAAAACCCGGCAUCUCGUUCUCACCUGGCAAGACCUGGAAGUUCUAGAGUCAGUGCACAAGGCUCUCAAACCUCUCCUGGAAUUCACUGACGCUCUAUCCGGUGAGAGCUAUGUCACAGUGUCCUAUGUCAAGCCUGUUCUCCAUCUCUUCCAGUCCAGCCUCUUGGCACGUCAGGAGAAUGACACCCCACUGACCCAGUCUAUCAAAGCCUCCAUCCUGGAUUACCUGAGGGAGAAGUAUUCUGAUCCUUCCACUAACGACCUGCUGGACAUGGCAGGCUUAGUGGAUCCCAGGUUCAAGAUAACAUACUGCACAGAAAAAAAGGUGGAUGCCAUCAAGAGCAGAGCCAUAACCGAGAUGGAGGCAAUGCUCUAUGAGACUGACCAGGGCACAGCUGAGUUGGCUGCUUCACUGCCUACCGUGCGAUCAUCGAAGCGCAAGCAUAAUGAUCACCUUGAUAACCUAAGUUAA